CUUCAAGCUUUAUUUGAAGGGAAUGGAAGUCUGACUUGCUUUCCUAAUUGGAAAACUUCACAAACUUCUUCUUUCUCAACUGAAUUAGCAAAGUUUUCAACCAGGUCUUCUUUAGUUAGCUGAGCCAUUGAUUUGUAGUUGGCAUGACCAAAUCUCUUGUGCCAUAGCUUGGAUUCAUCUGAAGCAACUGUGUAGGCACUGUCUAAGCCUUUGUUCCAAUCCACAACAAAGCUUUUGUCAGCCAUGGUUACUAGCAUGAGCUUGGAUCCAUUUGGAUCACUGAUUAAGCACUCAUUGCCUUUGAACACCAUAGAAUAGCCCUUUUGUAGCAACUAAGCUAUAUUGAACAGGUUUCUAUCAAUUUCAGGCACCAUUAAAAUAAGUUUAGUACCUAUAGGAGUGUCAAUAAGCACAUCUCCUUUGCUUUCAGCUUUGAUGAAAUGUCCAUUUCCAACCUUCAUCCUUGUUUUGAAGCUUCUGUCAAUAUUUCAUGUGCUACAUGCAAGCAACUUCAACAGGAUAAUUACUUUGCAACAGUUUCUAGUAAUGAAAACUCACGCACCCCCAAUGGUAAACUUUUUACUCUACGAUCACCUAUAGAACCAAAGAUUGGAUGACACUGGUGAGGUUUUAAACAAAAUCUCAUUCUCUGGGGUACAUUUAUACACCAUGAUAUUCGAUGGGUGUGCGCUGAAUCAUCGGCUUGAUGAUGCAAUUCAACUGUUGGAGAAAAUUCCGGUGAGAGAUAUGGGUUCGUGGAAUUCAAUGAUUUAAAGGUGUUUGAAUUGCAGGGAUUUAAUUCGGCCAAGAAGCUUUUUGAUGAAAUGCCUGGCCGGAAUGUUGUUUCUUGGAUGACAAUGAUAAGCGGGUACUUGCAGUUUCGGGAAAUUGAAGUGGCUGAGAGGUGGCUUUUUUAGAUGCCUUUGAAGGAUGUUGUGGCUUGGAAUUCAAUGAUUUAUGGGUAUUUGAAGUUUCAGAGAGUUGAUGAGGGGGUUAAUUUGCUUUUGAAGAUGCCACAUUGGAAUGUAAUUUCAUGCACUUCAACGAUUGACUGAUUGAUUGGAUUAUAAUGGAAGAACUUAUGAAGCUUUAUUUUUUUUGUGAAAAGAUGGUGGGUUCUGGUGUUAAGCUGAGUUCAAACACGCUUUCUUGCGUGUUGAAAGCUUUUGCAAAUGUGAUGGCCUUGCAUUUGGGUGUUCAAACUAGUAGCCGGGUUAAGUUGGGGUUUUCUUUUGAUGAAUUCAUAUGCGCGUAGCUUUGAACUUUUUAUGUGAACUGCUAGCAAAUGCAGGACGCUUGCGCAGUUUUCAGUGAGAAACGUUAUGGGAAUUUGGUAAUAUGGACAUCUUCUAGCUGGUUAUGGCCUGAACCAUAAGCAUGAAUCUGCGUUGAUAAUUUUUGGAGACAUGAUAUGAAUGGUUGUCCCCCAAAUCAAUCAUCUUUCACUAGUGCUUUGAAUUGAGCAGCGGAUUAGAGGCUCUAGACAAGGCCAAAGAGACCCUUGCCAUGGUCUUCAUGCGAAGUCUGGACUCUGAAGUAUUUGUUGGUAAUUCUCUAGUUGUAUUGUAUACUUUACGUGGGAAUAAUAAUGAUGCUGGGGUUGCUUUUUAUAAUGUCGGUGAGAAAAAUGUUGCCUUGUGGAACUCCGUUAUUGUGGAUGUGCACAGCAUGGUCAAGGUAUGUUGGUUCUCACACUCUUUAUCCAAAUGAUACGUGAUGAAGUUGAUCCGACCGAGAUUACGUUCACAUGGUUGCUUUCUGCUUGCAGCCAUUCCGGAAUGUUGCAAACAGCCUGAUGCUUUUUUUAGUAUAUUGGUCUAUAUAAAUUCACUGCGAUAAAGCUUCAGCACUAUGUUUGUAUGGUUGAUGCCCUGGGUACAUGUGGGGCAUUGGAAUAAGCAGAGGAGCUAAUAAAAAAAUAUGCAGGUAAAACCAAAUUCUAUGAUAUGGAUAGCUUUGCUUAGUGCUUGUAGGAUGCAUUUAACUUAGGAGCGGCUGAAAGAGGUGCAAAAUCGAUCCUUUAUCUUGAACUGAAUUGCAGUGCUUCUUAUGUUUUGUUGCCGAAUAUAUAUGCUUCUGCUGGUGAGCGGAGUGAUGUCUCAAGAAUGAGAAUAAGGAUGAAACAAGGAGGGAUUGUGAGACAACUGGGUUACUUUGAGGGGAGUGCAACGUGAGUCUGUUUCUGCAGAUAGGUCUCACCCUCUUAGUGGGAAAAUAUAUCAAACGCUGGAUUGGUUGGGAGGGAAGUUGAAGGUGUUUGGGUAGGUUCCAGAUGAGAGGUUUGCCCUGCAUGAUGUGGAGGAUGAGCAGAAGCAAGAGAUGCUGCCGUAUCACAGGAAGAGGCUUGCUGAUGCAUUCAGAUUGGUGACUACUGCAGAGAGCAGCACAAUAACAGUGUUUAAGAAUCUUCGUGCAUGUGCCAAUUAUCACAGUGCCAUUAUGAUCAUAGCAAAGAUCGCUGGGUAUGAAAUCAUUGUAUAAGAUUCUACACUAUGCUCUUGUGGGGAUUAUUAGUAGCAAGUUUUCGAAGAUUGCCAUACUAAGAACAUUUUGAUCUUUCAAAACAACCUUGUUAUUAGCUGAUUCAGAAAAGAUAUUCGGGGUAUUCUUGAGACCAUUAAAUGCAAGGAAACUAUCCCCCUUUAUUGCAGCCAAUCUGUCCAGUUCUGGCAACGCUUCCAUUAGUUUCACUGAAGUUAAAGCUGCGAGUUUUUUUUUCAUUUCUAUCCCCCUUUGAUGUACCUUUCAGUCUAAGAAGAGGUAAAUCAGGCCAAAAAUCAAUGUAGAAAGAAAGUACUGGAGUGUGAAGGGCUAGAUAUGCAAGGAAUUGAAGGUUUGGGUCACAAAAGAGGGAGAGAUGAGUUGAAUGUCAUGAACAUGAAGUGGUGAAUGCAAGGAAGCUUGAUUGGGGUUCAAAUAUUGCCUUGGUUGGAGCUGUUGCUAUCUGUGUUUCUCGAACUCAAAUUUGAGUGUCCGAUACGGGUUUAUUUAAUUAUUUCAAAAUUUUCGUAUAUUUUGAAAAUCCUUGGAAGACCAUACCCUCUUACACGAAUGUCAACCACAAAUAAAUACUAAAAGAAAAAUGACAAGUGAAAAAGAUAUAGAUUGCCAAUGCUGCUGCCGCUGCUGUGGAUUUCAGGGAAGCAAUUAGGCUUCAAGGUUGCAGCAGUAAGAUGGAACAAGCGUGAAACUGCUUUGUUGCAAACUAACAGGAUGCCAGGGAACAAAUAUAGCUCUAGUAAUCUCCCUGGUACACCAAGAACAAGAUUGGAAAGGCUUCUUAGAGAAAGGGAGUUAAAGAGAUUCAGCAGGGAUUUUAAUGAAGGGGAAGGUGCUAGGACUUCACAUGAUGGAGGCGCAAGGAAAGAUUUUCAGUCUUCCAAACAACGUUUGUUGGUGGUUGCUAAUAGGCUGCCAGUUGCCGCAGUUAAGAAUGGGGAUUCUUGGCAACUUGAGAUGAGCGCUGGAGGCUUAGUUAGCGCACUUCUUGGUGUGACGGAAUUUGACACCAGAUGGAUUGGUUGGGCUGGCAUAAAUGUCCCUGAUGAAAGUGGACAAAAGACAUUAACUGAAGCUUUAGCUGCAAAGAACUGCAUCCCGGUGUUUAUUGAAGAAGAAAUUGCUCAUCAAUAUUAUAAUGGAUAUUGUAACAACACAUUAUGGCCAUUGUUUCACUAUCUUGGACUUCCGCAAGAAGACCACCUUGCAACUACUCGAAACUUUAAAUCUCAGUUCGAAGCUUAUACGAAAGCGAACAAGUGUUUUGCCGAUGUGGUUAGCAAACAUUACGAGGAAGGGGAUGCGGUUUGGUGCCAUGAUUACCACCUAAUGUUUCUUCCAAAAUACCUAAAAGAACGGAACAGUGACAUGAAAGUUGGUUGGUUUCUGCAUACCCCAUUUCCUUCUUCCGAAAUCCAUCGGAUGCUGCCAUCUCGGUCAGAGCUGCUGAAGUCUGUUCUUUCUGCUGAUUUAGUAGGUUUCCACACAUAUGACUAUGCAAGGCAUUUUGUCAGUGCUUGCACUCGUAUUCUCGGGCUGGAGGGCACACCUGAAGGAGUAGAGGAUCAAGGAAAGUUGACCCGUGUAGCAGUAUUUCCAGUAGGGAUUGAUCCUGAUCGAUUCAUUCAAGCUCUUGAACUACCUCAAGUAAAAGAUAUCGUGAAAGAACUGAAACAGAGGUUUACAGGUUAUAAGGUAUUGUUGGGCGUUGAUCGGCUUGAUAUGAUCAAGGGAAUACCGCAGAAGAUUUUGGCAUUUGAAAAGUUUCUCGAGGAAAAUCCCGAUUGGCGUCAUAAGGUGGUUCUCCUGCAAAUUGCUGUCCCUACCAGGACACAUGUUCUCAAGUAUAAACAACUUACAAGCCAAGUCCAUGAGAUUGUUGGCCGCAUUAAUGGAAGAUUCGGAUCGUUUUCUUCUGUACCAAUACAUCAUCUGGAUUGCACCCUUGAUUUUCACACAUUAUGCGCGAUAUAUGCUAUUACCGAUGUAGCUCUUGUGACAUCUUUGAGGGAUGGAAUGAACCUUGUCAGCUAUGAGUUUGUUGCCUGCCAAGCAGCCAACAAAGGGGUCCUUAUACUAAGUGAGUUUGCUGGAGCUGCUCAGUCUCUUGGUGCCGGAGCCAUUCUGGUUAAUCCAUGGAAUGUCGCCGAAGUUGCUUCUUCCAUUAGUUAUGCUUUGAAUAUGUCGGCUGAUGAAAGAGAAAAACGACACCACCAUAACUUCUUGCAUGUGACUACGCACACAUCUCAAGGAUGGGCCGAAACGUUUGUAAGUGAACUUAAUGAAACCAUUGUUGAAGCUCAAUUGAGGUCAAGACAAAUUCCACCACCACUCCCGAUUGAAGCUGCUGUUGAUCGUUAUGCAUGUUCGAAUAACCGAUUACUCAUACUGGGAUUCGAUGCAACUUUAACUGAACCACUGGAUGCCCUUUGGAGGAAGGGCAAUCAAAUUAAAGAAUUGAAGCACAAGAUACGUUCAGAUUUGCGGGAACCUCUGAGAAAGCUUUGUGAUGAUCCGAAGACAACAGUUCUUGUCCUCAGUGGAAGCAAUAGAAGUGCCCUGGAUAAUAACUUUGGUGAUUUUAACCUGUGGUUGGCGGCCGAAAAUGGGAUAUUUUUACGAGCUACAACGGGAGAAUGGAUGAUGACUAUGCCUGAAAAUACAAGUAUGGACUGGGUGGAUAGUGUCAAGCGUGUAUUCGAAUAUUUUACCCAAAGAACUCCUCGAUCUCAUUUCGAGCUCCGGGAAACUUCGCUCAUAUGGGAUUAUAGAUAUUCAGAUGCCGAGUUUGGAAGACUUCAAGCGAGAGAUCUAUUGAUGCAUCUUUGGACUGGUCCGAUCUCUAACUUAUCUCUCGAUAUUGUCCAAGGUAGUCAGUCCAUUGAGGUUAGAUCCGUCGGUGUGACGAAGGGUGCCGCAAUCGAUCGAAUCCUCGGAGAAAUAGUUCAUAACAAAGGCAUGAAGGAACCCAUCGAUUAUGUCCUAUGUAUGGGGCACUUUCUCGCUAAGGAUGAAGACAUUUUUUCGUAUUUUGAGCUGAUGCUUCCUUCAGAAACCCCGACUUCAUCAUCAUCCCAAGUACCAACCCCAUUCGGGACACCCACCGCCGGAUCGAGUGCAGCUCCCCUUAAGAAACAACAUUCGCUGUCACCAGGGAAGAAGAGCUCUUUCAUAGGCGAGAGUAUGUUGGAUCCGAUGAUGGGAGCCGAUCGAAUGUCGUUGCUAGAGGGUUCUUCGCUGAUCAAUCUUCAGGCUGAGAAUUAUUUUUCUUGCUCUGUUGCGAGGAAAAGGUCGAAGUCACGCUAUCUCCUUCGAUCAUCCGAUGAAGUUUUGGAACUCUUGAGAGGGAUGGCAAAUCAUUGUUGAUUUACGGAGAUUGUAUCAUGCUUAUCGUUACUGUAAACUGCAGCGAUAAAUUUUGAAUUUGAUCAAUUUUGUGGCAGAGGCAAAGUUUAAAAGAAAGAUUAAUUUUGUUUAGUAAAAAUUCUUUUUGAAAAAAUAUUUUUGCAAACUAAAUUUUACUCGAAUCCAGUUAAACAGCAGCCUCCACUAGUAAUCGACGGUUUCUCAGUUGCUCAGAAAUUGGAUCUUUCCACAUCUUGAAUCCGGCCCCUCCAAAUCCUGUCCACCGCAUCCAAGUACCGGGCGCCGUACGCGUCAGGAUAUCCGGCCAAGCAUUUGGCGGUGCAAUCCAGUGCGACGGCGCAGUAAGCAUCCUCAAAUGGAGUCGGGAGCCCUUGGCUGUUGUCGAUGUACCCGAUCUUCUCCAACGCGUCGAGUAUUAUAUCGGAAAUCUCACCGGCGGUGAUUUCGGCUCGCACGGUACGAAGGAGCACUGCUUUUUUUCAACUGAGGCCUGGGCUCCAAUGGCGGGAAAGUUUCAAUUUCUUUACCUCCAUAUCGUCGGGUGAGUACCUGACAAGGAAUUCAAUAAUGCAACCGCAGAUACAUAAUUCAAAACCCUAAACUUUCGACUGUGUUUUUGAAUUUUGAAGAGAAAAAUUAAAUAUCAUUAUUCAACGAUUUUUCGUACUGCAUUUUUCAAAAUUCUAAUCCAACUAAAAUACCAAAACCUAAUUACAAUAUUCCCCCAACCCCAAACUACAUAUAUUUAAUAGACACACCUAAAUUUUAACAUCUAGCACCUUUUUUUUUUCUCGUCAAUGGCGGAUUAUAGAGAAUACAUCCCUUCCUUACAACCUCAUAUCUCCGAUCAUUCAUCUGAGCACAACCCUCCUCCAAGCGUCCAAGCAUGCGGAG